UAUUUUUUUGUACUUUUUUUCUCAAGCCAGGAAAAUAAGUCUGUAAACAUGCUCCUUUUGUUUUGAGCGCUCUUUUUCAGUGUGGCUGUGCUCUUCCCACAUCCUCGCGUUAUUUUGUAUCUCCAUCGCGCCUUGCGGUAAUGUGCCGCUCUGUGUUGGCAGCCGACUGCUAGGCGUCUGGAAUCUCUUCUCGCCAGGAACCUGGUAGUGCUGGAGGAGACAGAAGCAGGAUGGUAACAUAUUGUUGGUGGUAACCAGCAGCUUCUAGUUUGACGAAGGCCACCGUUGACGGCGACCCCGGACUCUUCCCCAGUGAACCCUGCUCAACCGUCCCCCAGCCAUGUCUAAUAUAAACAAUGCUCUCUGCAUUGAGACCGGACAGAACGCAGACGUGUCUCUCUUACAAAAGGAUAACCUUCAGAACCUGCAGAACCUGCAGAACUUGCAGAACCUCCAGGAUGGUGGAUUAAGCCAACUUUUGGAUUAUAACGCCGAGAUGGAACGGUACCGCUCUUUCGCAAACUUUUACAAAACCAACGGCGCGUUCGGCCAGACGGCCAAGAUCGCCCGCAUCACGACCCCCAUUUUCCCCAGUGCCCGGAUAGGCAUGUCCCCGUGGAACUGCGAUAACGCCAUGCUCUGGGGGAGGAAAUCGGCCACAAUAAACCCUAAUAGGACCAGCAUGCACAGGAAUGACUCCCAGAGGCCGGGGAAGCAUGGCGUGCCGCCAGAAACGCUACAGCAAAUGGCAAAUAAUAAUUUCCUCUCUACCUUAUCCCCCGAACACUGCAGACCUUUAGCGGGAGAAUGCAUGAACAAGCUGAAAUGCGGCGCCGGCGAAGCAGAGAUAAUGAAUCUCCAGGAACGUGUCGGAACUUUUUCCGCCAUUCCGGCUUUAGGGGGCAUCUCAUUACCUCCCGGGGUCAUCGUCAUGACAGCCCUUCACUCCCCCGCAGCCUCGGCAGCCGUUACAGACAGUGCGUUUCAAAUUGCCAAUCUGGCAGACUGCCCACAGAAUAAUUCCUCUGCGUCCGGGAACCCAGCGAAGAAGAAAAGGAAGCGGUGCGGGGUGUGCGCGCCCUGCCGGCGGCUAAUCAACUGCGGCGUGUGCAGCAGUUGUCGGAACCGUAAGACGGGCCACCAGAUCUGCAAGUUCAGGAAAUGUGAGGAGCUGAAAAAGAAACCCGGCUCGUCGCUGGAGAGGACACCAGUCAACAAUGGCGAGGCAUUCCGGUGGUUCUUUUAGAGCGCCCG